AUUUCUGACUCCAUUGCUCCAUGCCUCACUCAGUCUGUCUUGCCCGCCGUGUGAAUCUGUGGUGGUGUUUGUGUGACAGCGGGACUCUCACUUGGCCUCACAGGAUUUGACCAUUACCCACCUGGAUCUCUGAGCCAAAUCUUUGCCAUUGCUGAAGGUUUUGUGUCUUUCUCUGCACGCACACAUACCACCACCAUCACCACCUCCGCUUUGAGAUCCCGUCUGGCUGACAUCCCCUGCACACCCAUCCCUGAGCCACCCUCCACCACCCCACCCCCUGUGCAGCCAUGGCCCUGUCUUCACGUUUAAAACUGUGGGAGCAGAAGAUAAAGGAAGAGAACCAGCCGGUGGCCACAGCCACGCCUUCGCCACCUCUGUCAGCGCUGCCCGGCGGCUUCCUCAAACAGCUGGUCAGGGAUUCAGAGAAGGAGACCAAAUAUAAAGAGCCGGAGGUCAAAGACGACAGAGCCCCAAACAAAUUGAGCGACAACCUUGUGCAACAGUUCCUCGUCCCAGAUCAGACUCCUCCGAUCCUUGAGGCUGAGAUGGCGCUCCGAGCUGAACAGCUCAUCAGCAACAGCAGGCAAGGAUGUCAAUCAGAUGGCAAGUCCCCUCAGAGACACAUCUUCACUCCCGAACCUGAUGGUCAACAGAAAACCAAACUGGAUGUGAUGCCAGAGCCGUCAAAGCAACAGCGGGAUAUGAGGGCAGAGAAGAUCAAGAAGACGCCACAGGCCGAGCAGAAGAAGGAGAAGAUAGCAGAGGUGAAGCAGGUGGAGAGAGAGCAGGGGAUGGAGGAGAGGCUGGAGCCGGAGGGAAGGCAAGCAGACACAGCUAUGACAGAGCACAACAGAGAGGUGAAAGACGUGUGGUAUGAAGCCGGAACUGUGUGGUGUGUCCAAAAGGAUGGGUUCACCCUCGCCACUCAGCUAAAACCAGAUGAAGGCACACCUGAACUCCCAGAGGGCCGAGCGAGGGUCCGCCUGCAGACAGAUGCAUCGCAGCAUGACGUGACAGAGUUUGAAAUCGAGAAGUGUAAUCCAUCAGAGCUGGAUCUGUGUGAGGAUCUGAGCGACCUGCAGAGUGUGAAUGAAUGUGGAGUUCUGCACACACUGUCCAGUCGAGCUAAAGCCAACAUGCCGCUCACACACGCAGGACCCAACCUGGUCAACUUCUGGCCUCCGAUACAGGCCCACAGCAAGACCCCAAAGUCCCGGCGAGGAGAUACAGUCUGGGAUGCUCCUCCUGCUCUGGCGGCCUUGGUCAAACGGGUUUAUGUGUCCAUGGUGGGCAGCCGGAGAGACCACAGCGUGUGCGCGGUGGGACGCAGCGGCACAGGAAAGACCACGGUGUGCCAAGCCUUCACAAAUGCUCUCCUCAAACAAGCCGGCACCACUGGAGAGAACCUCAGUGUGGAGCGUGUGCAGGCUAUGUUCACAGUCCUGAAGUCUUUUGGCUGUGUGAGCUCCCAGCACAGUGAUUCUUCAUCUCGAUUUGCCACCGUCUUCUCACUGGACUUUAACCACGCUGGACAGGCUGCUGCUGGACACCUGCAGACCAUGAUGCUGGACAAAUGGAGAGUGUGUCAGAAAGUCGCAGGAGAGAGUAACUUCCUGGUCUUCUCCCAGAUGCUGGCAGGACUCAGCACAGAGAUGAGGACAGACCUGCAGCUGCACCAGCUCCCUGAAUCCAACUCUUUCGGCAUUGUAAAUCCCACCAAGGUUGAGGAGAAACAGCGUGCGUCUGUUGCCUUCACCAAGCUGCUGACUGCCAUGGAAACGCUGGGCUUCACCGCCAGCGAGCAGAAGGCGAUAUGGCACGUUCUGGCUUCUAUUUAUCAUCUGGGAGUUGCCGGGGCCUGUAAAGUGGGCAGGAGACAGUUUGUGAGUUUCGACAGUGCUCAGGCGGCCAGCAGCGUUCUGGGCUGCGAGGGCGAGGAGCUGCACACGGCCACGUUCAAACAUCACCUCCGACAGCUGCUGCAGAGAGCCACCGGGGGCAGCAGAGAAAGAAACGCUUUUGCCGAGUCAGACGAGGGCCCCAGGUUGACAGCCACUCAGUGUGUUGAUGGAAUGGCUGCAGGACUCUAUGAAGAACUCUUCACUGCCAUAGUCUCACUCAUCAACAGGGCUCUGAGGGGUCAGCAGCUGACGUUAGCCUCCGUGAUGGUGGUGGACACGCCGGGCAUGAGGAACCCGAGACACUCUACAGAGGAGCGAGGGGCCGGCUGGUCUGAGUUCUGCCACAACUACCUGCAGGAGAGGCUGCUGGAGCACUACCACACACACACCUUCAGACACACACUGGAGAGAUACGCACAGGAGAGGAUACCAGUGGAGUUUGAGUGUCCAGAGAGCAGCCCCGCUGAGGUGGUGUGUGCCAUCGACCAGGCGCCUCCACAGGUCCGGGCGGCAGAUGGAGACCCCAGAGGUCUGUUAUGGGUUCUGGAUGAGGAGAUGGUGACACCAGCCCCCAGUGAGAACAGUGCCUUGGAGAGAGUCUGCCAGUAUUACAGCAACACUGUGCGUCAGUGUGAGCAGCCGCUGCAGUGUGAGGUGAACCACCUGAUGGGCUGUGACCCGGUCCGCUACGACCUGACUGGCUGGUUUGGUCUGAUCCAGAACAACCCAUCUGCUCUCAACGCCAUCUGUCUGCUCCAAAACUCCACCAUAGGGGUGGUGAAGGCCAUGUUUACCCCCAGGAUCUCUCUUCCCCCUCUGUGUCGAGGUCUUGGGGGAUUGGAGGGCGGCAGCCAGCGCUCUCUGCAGAGGAACGGCACCAUUAGGAAGACGUUCAGCGGGGGGAUGGCAGCCAUACGAAGGCACUCCCAGUGUAUCGCAGUGAAACUUCAGGCAGAUGCUCUGGUGAACCUGAUUCGUCGAGCCAGGCCGGUGUUCCUGCAGUGUGUGAGUGCAAAGACCGACAUCCCCGCGCUGAGAGUCCAGCUGCACUCCACACAGAUCCUGCAGGCCCUGCAGCUCUACCGCACAGGUUAUCCAGACCACAUGACCCUGAGUGACUUCAGGUGCCAUUUCCAGGCGCUGUCUCCUCCAAUUAUGAAACGUUAUGCUUCAAUGUUUGUCAGCCAUGACGAGAGAAAGGCGGUGGAGGAGUUGCUGGUGGAGUUGGAUCUAGAAAAAAAGAGCACUGUCGUGGGAGCUAGUAGGGUGUUCAUGAAGCGAGGUGUGCUGCGCUACCUGGAGCAGCAGAGGGACCAGCAGGUCACCGGCUGGUUGGUGUAUCUGCAGGCCUCCUGUUCGGGACACCUGGCCCGUCAAAAGUACCGCAAACUCAAGGUGCACCAGAUGGCGGUCAGCUGUCUGCAGAGGAACCUGCGUACUCUGAGGGUCGUGGCCAAGUGGAGCUGGUGGAAACUUUUCUGUCGAGUUCGUCCUCUGCUCGAUGUCAACAUGGACAAUGAGAGGCUCAGGGCCAAAGAGGAUGAGGUAUCAAAUCUGAGACGCCGUCUGGAGAAAUCAGAGAAGGAGAGGAACGAGCUGAGGCAGACUGCAGACAGCCUGGAGACCAAGAUUACAGCUGUGACGUCUGAGUUAAGUGACGAGCGUUUCCGUGGCGAUGCGGUGGGACAGGCUCUGGAUGUUGAGAGGGCAGAGAGACUUCGUCUCAGCCGAGAGAACAAAGAGCUGCAGGCUCGUGUAGACCAAUGUAAAGUCACCAUGGAAACACUGGAGAAGCAGCUGGAGGAGGAGAAACAGAAAGUUCAGAUCGCUGAGAGUCACAGAGGAGCAAGGACAGACAGUGAGCUGGCCAUGCAGCUGGAGUGCUGCCAGACUGAGGUUGAGUUUGUCCGCAGACGACUGAAGCAGACGGAGGAAAAACUGGAGACUGAGAGACAGACGCGACAGCAGCUCGAUUCCAAGGUGGCGACACUGCAGGCCCAGCUGGAACAGUCCAGGAGGAGUGUGACUGAAUUGAAACGUCACUGUCGCCGCGUGACCUCUGACCUUCAGGAUGCCCGAGUCCUCACUGACAGCUUGCAGAGUCGCAUGCAUGAGCUGGACCGCAAACAGAGAAGGUUUGACAAUGAGUUGACUCAGGCUCUGAAGGAAACUGACAACGAGAGAGAGCAAAAGGACAAAGCCUUUCAGGAAAACACCGCUCUGGGCACUGAAAUAUACACUCUGCGCCGCAACUUGCAGGAGAGCCAGUCAGAGGUGGGUCGUCUGCAGAAGCAGAAGGAGGAGCUGUGCGCACAGAUCCGUGACCUCAGCCUGCCCGUGGACCUGGCCUCAGAUUCACUGCCUGACCUCAAGAAACAGCUCAGACUCCUGGAGAGCCAGGCCAGCGAGAGGACGGAGGAAGUCACCAAGCUCUCUGCCAACAUACAGCAGCAGCAGCAGAUCCACCUGAGGUUCGAGAUGGAGAUGGAGAGGAUGAAGCUGAUGCAUCAGAAAGAGCUGGAAGAUAAAGAGGAGGAGCUAGAGGAUGUGCACAAGUCCUCUCAGAGACGGCUGAGGCAGCUGGAGAUGCAGUUAGAGCAGGAGUAUGAGGAGAAACAGAUGGUGAUUCAUGAGAAGCACGACUUGGAAGGACUCAUUGCAACUCUGUGUGACCAGGUGGGACACAGAGACUUUGAUGUGGAGAAGAAGCUGAAGAGAGACCUGAAGAGGACUCACGCCCUGUUGGCUGACGCUCAGCUGCUUCUAGCCACCGUCGACAGCACCGGACACAACAACCCCAACGGCAGCAAAGAGCAGAUAGAGCGCCUACACUGUCAGCUGGAGGAAAGUGAAGCGAGACGUCUCGAGGCCGAAAGCGUUCAGACGACUCUCUCCCAGGAGCUGGAGAACUCUCAGAUUGAACUGGAAAAUAUCUGCAAACAGAAGAGCAUGGUGGACGAGCAGUUAGCCCUGCUGCAGCAUGAGAAGGUGGACCUGCUGAAGAGGAUUGAGGAGGACCAGGAAGACCUCAAUGAACUCAUGAAGAAGCACAAAGCACUCAUUGCACAGUCCUCCAGUGACAUCUCUCAGAUCAGAGAGCUACAAGCUGAACUAGAGGAGGUGAAGAAACAGAGACACUCUCUCCAGGAAGAGCUCCAGAAGUCAGUGUCGAGGGUGCAGUUCUUGGAGUCAUCCACUGUGGGGCGUAGCAUCGUCAGUAAACAGGAGGCGCGUGUAUGUGACCUGGAGAAUAAACUGGAGUUUCACAGAGGGCAGGUCAAGAGAUUUGAGGUGCUGGUGUUGCGGUUGAGGGACAGUGUGGUGCGUCUGGGAGAGGAGCUGGAGCAAAGUGCUCAGGCUGAAGCUCGAGAGAGGGAGAACGCCCGGUACUACCAGCAGCGCCUGCAGGACAUGAGGCUGGAGAUGGAAGAUCUGACCCAGAGGGAGGAGGACAGCAGCCGCAGACGCAUGGAGCUGGAAAUGCAAGUGGAGGAGCUGGCCGCUGUCAGACAGACGUUACAGGCUGACCUCGAGACGUCCAUCCGUCGCAUCGUGGAUCUGCAGGCCGCCCUGGAGGAAGUGGAGUCGAGCGACGAGAGUGACACUGAAAGCACUCAAACCGCUGUGGAGUCGCUCACUCGAACGAAAGAACUUGACUCAGUGUCCAGUGUUGGUUCUAUCGGGACAGAGGAUGUUGGUGAGGGGAUUCGUCGCUGGUUAGGAGUUCCAAGAGGAGCAUCCCGUGGUGCUGGCUCUCCCUACAGCAGCCGCCACUCUAUUGCUGACACCAUGAGCACCUACAGCUUUCGUUCUUGCGUGGAUCCCGAAGACGAAGGCUCUGAGGCUGGAGGAGUUGGUACCAAAAAUCUCGGCCGAGCCCCUUCCUCCUCCGCCCUGUCCGAACUGCUGGAUGGACUUCGAAAGCGCAGAGCAGGCGGUGAUGCAGGAAAUGGAACAGGCAGUGCUAUCUCCCUGCCGAUUUAUCAAACAACAGGAGCAUCGACUCUAAGACGGAGAGCCUCUGCCCUCUCUGUUGGUCCCGAUGACCUCCAGGAGGUCAGACCUGGACCCAGCAUCCUCAAGCCACCUUCCCCGCUCCUGCCACGUGCUGCCAGUUCUCGCUCCAUCACUGACUCUCAGGCAUCUGUCGGUGCUUCUACAGCUGGAGCCAAGCUCUCUCGCUUCAACUCAAGCGAUUCCCUCUCUUCACUUCCUUCGCUGCCUCACCUCUCCGCUUUGGGUUCCUCCCUCACCGCUCGCCAUCACCCCCCAUCCUUGUCUAUCCCUGAGGAGGACCCAGAGGACUCCCAUCGCUCUGUGACAACUCCCAUCCAGCGCUCCCCACAGCCACUAAGGCGGUGCAUGCUGGGGAGUCUCGUCACAGAGGACGGAGGUGAGGGCUCUCUGGGGUCGGAACCCAUGGUCUUCCAAAAUCGCCGUCUGACGGGUGACAACGGCCGUGACGAUGCAGCAUCUGACAUCCUUCCUGCCAUCCGGAGAGCUCAGUCAACCAGCAGCCUGGCAGGCUCCGUGAGAGGAGGUAGGAGGGCGCUGAGCGUCCACUUCGGAGAGCUGCCUCCUUCGACACGCAGCAGGAAAAGCUCUGAAACGGAUUCCUCCAGCUCAGGCGGAAGUUCCCAGGGUGGGGGACCAAGACAGAAGUUUGAACGACCACACGGAGAAAGACUGGAGGCAGAGGGCAGCGAGGGGGGCGACGUAGCCUCAGUCAUGAAGCGAUACCUGAAGAAAGAGGUUGACUGAAGCAUAAGAGCUGAGGUCUCAGCCUCCUUGUGUGUCCACAUCCAGCUGUGAGCUUCAGAGAAAGAAAACUGACGACUGCAGGAGCUGAUGCAAUCAAGGCUGAACGAAAUGCUCCAUGAGUCAACAAGGAUGUUCCUUUUGACUCUGUAAAUGGCCUGAAAAUACAUUUGUUCAAUCCACAUGCACUCAAUCAACUGUGUUUUCAGAUAGUGUUUGAAUGUGAAUAAAAAACAUGAAGAGAA